AUGCCGCCCGCUAUCAACCCCUCCCAGCCCCAGAUCCUGGCACAACCCAUUCCAGCCCGUCCCGAAAAGCUCUCACCAACCUGUCACAGUUGCGUUGCCGCCAUCUGGAGCGUCUGCUCGGCCGAACUAGCCGAGAACGGGUGCCCACAGCAACUGCCUUAUGGGGCAAAGACGCUGUUUACUUCGCAUGCAAAUACAGUAAACAAGCAGCAUUCUGCCAACAGCGCAUUCUCAUCUAGGCUACCCAUUCAAUCUGCAGCAGCACGCCGCAUUGUCCGGGCUGAGGCCCUUACUUCAAAUGACGCGGCUGCCACAUCGCUUGCGCAAGUGCCAGGAGGGUCGUCGAAUGGAGAGGCUUCUUCGGGCAAAGCGUGCUGGACGGCUGCGCAGUUUCAGCGCCGUAAAGGGUAA